AUGCAAGACAACAAAUUUGGAGAGACGCCGUCGCCAUUUAACGAGCUCUCCCACGUGUAUGUUGUGAAUGUCGAGGGAUGGGAGACUUUAUUUGGUGUUACUGCUUGGAGAAUUUGGAAUGGCCGAAACAAGGCUAUUUUCGCCAAUAGCGAAUUUGUGGCCUCACACAAAAUUCGAGAGUUACUCUGCGCGAAAAGCAGGGCUGAGCACAGUUUCUCGAUUUGGGCUGUGAAGAACUCCUUCGCGAAAUCCGAGUAUAGGUUCUGUUUCCUUGGAGGUUUCAUGGAGGGUCGGAGGAGGCAAAGAUGGGACAAUACUAAAAGAUCACACAAGAAUAAGCCACCCCGUGGUACCUGGCAGCCUACAGUUCCUAAAUGGGAAAAGGACUUCUGCAAAGUAGUCGGGUCCCUCGACUGGGAUACUUUACUUCACAUGAAGAAAUUCAUGCACCUUUACGAAAACGUGCUCAAUUGGGAUGACUCGGCUGGCGAGGAGGCUCUAUCUAACGCCAAAAAACGCUAUUGGGCCUGGAUAAACGGACUCCCUUGCAAUCUCCUUCCGCCCGAUCCCGAUCUUUACAUUGACAAAAUCGACUGGGACUCGGAAGUUGACAAUACCGUAUCUUGGCCCGAAUUCGAGCCCGAAUUCACUGCAGACCACGAGCCCGUCGUUAUUUUCGGGGACUCUUUCUUUGCGAACCAGUCGUAUUCGCUCGGUGGAUGGGGUGACGCGGAGGAGAAUUUCAGUGCUCGGGAUAUGAACAACAACACGAAGUCUCGUAAUAUUCAAGGUGGUGAUGAUUGGGGGCAAACACAAAACUGGGAUAGCCCGUUGGAUAACGGGCCAGCAGUCGGGUUGGCUGGCUGUUCCAAUAACGACUUGGGUUGGGUCGAUACUGUGUGGCCCACAGAAUACGGGUCGGUUGGUGAGAAUACGGGUCGUGGGCUGGCCCGAGCAGGGUAUUGGGAACCGAAGCCCGAUGAGCGACAUGGUGCAAGAGAGUGGAAUUCGAGUCAUGUGGGCCCGUUGGCCACCGUGCUGCUAUAA